AAGAAGGGAACCUAUCACUUUCACUGAUAGGGAUCUGCCUAAGACGGGGGGAGAUCAUAAUGACCCUUUGGUUAUUACAAUGGAUAUCAAUGGAGCUGAUGUGGCCAGGGUCCUGGUUGACACAGGAAGCAGUGUCAAUGUUCUAUACUCUGAUGCUUUCAAGAAAUUGAAGCUGGACAGGUCCAUGUUGAGACCGUUGCAAACUCCAUUGUCAGGCUUCACUGGAGCUAGCAUAGAAGCGGAAGGUCAGAUCACCUUACCGGUUACCUUGGGGUCGGGUAACAAAACAUUAACCAAGCAAAUGAGAUUUGUUGUGGUUGAUAUCAAGUGUGUACAUAAUGCCAUUCUUGGUAGACCUGGAAUCAACCAGGUCAGGGCCAUCAUUUCUAUGGCACACUUGUGCAUGAAAUUCUACACUCCCAAUGGAAUCGGGAAGGAAAGGGGUGAUCAAAAGAAUGCCCGGUCCUGCUACCUGGAAGCAGUCAAGAAAAUGACCCGCCAAUUCGAACAAAUUGAAUUGGUCUCCCAGCAAGUAGACAAGGGAGAGGAGAAGGCUAGAAUCGAGCCGGAUGCAAACACGGAGGAGAUCCAGAUUGAUGCAUCCAAUCCUGAGAGGAAGGUCAAGAUUGGGGCUGAUCUUCAGGAGGAGUUAAGGACUGAGGUUGUCCAGGUGCUGACCAGGUAUAAAUCUUUGUUUGCCUGGAGUGUUGCUGAUAUGCCCGGAAUUGACCGGUCAGUCAUUUGCCAUCGUCUCUCUGUUCUUGAGGGGUCUAGGCCUGUAAGACAGAAGAAGAGAUUUUUGGCAAGUGAUAGGAGAGAUUUUGUAAAGAAGGAGGUUAAGGACCUACUUGAGGUAGGUCAUAUCAGGGAAGUAAACUACCCUGAAUGGCUGGCCAAUGUAGUCCUGGCUCCAAAGGGUCUUGAAAAGGAAAGGCUUGAUCAUUCAAAGAAGGACAGGUCUUGAAAAUGAAAGGCUUGAUCAUUCAAAGAAAGACAGGUCUUGAAAGGGAAUGGCUUGACGAUUUCAAGAAAGGACAGGUCAUGGG